CUCUCUUCUCUAGUCAUCAGCACCGGAACACUGAGAACUGUUGGAAAGGCUGGAAAAAUAAAUGAGAAGAGGAAGCACACUUGACUGAGCAGAGUAAGGCGUCUUGGAGCUCAUUUGGAUAUUGAUACUGACUCCCAACACGUGCCUGAACCAUGGGUGAGCGCGGCAGUGUGGUGCGCCGUAAGAUAAAGAACCAAGCACUCCCUCAUAGAGAAAGACCCACCAGCACCACCACCACCACCACCACCGCCACUAUGGGAGACAAGGACCAGGGGGAACACGAAGGACCUACCAUGGAAGUCUUCGCCACCGCCUCCUCCUUGGAAGCGUGUAGCGUGGCGAGCGAGACGAAGACGAAGAAGGAGAGGAAGAGGGAGAAAAUGAGGAUGGGAUUGGCAGUGUCUGGAUUCAUCGUUUCUAUUGCCAUCAUCGUCUUUGGCUUCUUCUUGGGCGCAGAGGCGAAGAAACACAAGAGAACUGAGCCGAACACGUCCUUCCGCCUGCCUCGGACACUGCAGCCCACGGAGUACCAAGUGAUGCUACAGCCUUUCGUUAACGGCAACUACAGCAUCGCGGGACACGUGCAGGUGGAGAUGGUGGUGGUGCAUGCUACUAGUAACAUCACCAUUCACCUGGCGGAUAUCGUGACACAUAAUGAGACGAUACAGGUGCAAAGGUACAAGGCAGGGGGAAGGAGGGAGGGACAGGGGGAGGAGGUGGUCGUCUCUAGCCACACCUACGACCCUGAGAAGGAGUGGUACGUGGCUCACCUGUCCAAGGAACUCCAGGUGAACGAGACAGUGGUUCUAUCCAUGAGCUUCACUGGUCUACUCAACGACAAACUCAAAGGAUUCUACAGAUCCACCUACACUCUGCCGAACGGAGAGACUGUGAGACUUGCCGUGACUUUCUUCUCCCCUAUCAACGCACGCCGCGCCUUUCCUUGCCUGGACGAACCUGAAAUGAAGGCGAGGUUCAAGGUAUCGCUAGCAAGGCAGACUAACAUGACAUCCCGGGCCAACAUGCCGCUCAGAACAACCGAACCCAUACCAGACCAGGAGGGUUGGAUGUGGGACCACUUCCACACAACGCUGCCCAUGUCAACCUACCUCGUCGCCUUCCUUGUCUCAGAUUUCGCCUCCAAGAGUAACGGGAAUGUUUCAGUGUGGAGCAGGGAGGAGGUGCUGGGGGAAGCUGACCACGCCCUGGAGAUCGCCCCGGAAUAUAUCGCCUUUUUCGAGAAUUACCUCAACGUUACCUUCCCGCUUCCCAAGAUGGACCUCGUAGCUCUGCCUGACUUUGCCGCGGGAGCCAUGGAGAACUGGGGCCUUACGACUUUCAGAGAGGGUACAAUGCUACUCCCCAAUCAGUCCUCUGUGGACAGUCUGGACCGCGUGGAGACCGUGAUGGCCCACGAGCUGGCCCAUCAGUGGUUCGGCAACCUGGUGACGGCGGCGUGGUGGGAGGACAUCCUACUGAAGGAGGGAAUGGCAUCCUUUAUGGAGAAUGUUGCUACAGAUGCGCUACGACCAACAUGGGGAAUCUUAGACCAAAUGCUACUGACGGUGCAAGGGAUAAUGGUGACAGACGCCCUGCCCUCCACUCACCCCGUCAAUCAGCCCGUCGCCAAGCCCUCAGACAUCGGCCAGGUUUUUGACACCAUCACCUACUCCAAGGGCAUGUCCGUGAUCCGCAUGAUGAGCCACUUCCUGACAGAGGACACCUUCAGGAGGGGCCUCGUGCGCUACCUCGACCAAUACGCCUACAGUUCAGCCACGCAGGAUGACUUCUGGGCGGUGCUGACGGAGGUGGCGAAGGAGGACGAGCGCCUGCCACCCUCCAUCACCGUGAAGGACGUCAUGGACACCUGGACGCGGCAGUCGGGCUACCCUGUGGUGACGUUGACGCGCAGUGAGGAUGGCCUCACCGCCACGCUCACACAGGAGCGGUUUCUUCUAUCAGGGAACACCACACAGGACACACAAAACCGGUGGUGGGUGCCUCUGUCCUUCACCACAGCCAACGCCACGAACGCCACCACUGAACCUGCACUCUGGAUGAAGAACAGCGAUACGUCUAUAGUGGUGGAGAGCCUGCCAGUGAAAGCGGCGUGGGUUCUCUGCAAUCUCCAGGGCACGGGGUACUUUAGGGUGAACUACGAUGAGGAAAACUGGGCAGCGUUGAGUGACCAAUUGCUUGCCGAACACCAGGCGAUUGAUGUAGCCACUCGUGCACAGCUUCUGGAUGAUGCUUUGAGUCUGGCACGUGGAGGACGCCUUAGCUACGAGACGGCUGGGUUGAACGCUUACCUGGCGGCCGAGACAGAGUACCUUCCCUGGACUUCUGCCAUGACCGCCUUGUCUUACCUGGAGAAGAUGCUAACGAGGACUUCAAGCUACGGGAACCUGAGGCGCUACCUUCUGACACUGCUGGAGCCUCUGUACUCUAAUGUGGGUUUCGAAGAUGACCUAAACGACCCACACCUGGACCAGCACAAGCGCUCUCUGGCGGUGGCGUGGUCGUGCAAGCUGGCCCAUAAGCAGUGUGUGACUAAGGCGGUCCAGCAUUUCCACUCCUGGCUCAACAAUGCUACGGAAAUCUCACCCAACAUCAAGUCAACUGUUUACUGCACGGGCGUGGCUGAGGGCGGCGUGGAGGCGUGGGAUGGCGUGUGGGAGCGGUACCUGGAGACAGAGGUGGCCAGAGAGAAGCUAUACCUCCUUCAAGCUCUAGGAUGCUCAAAGGAGAUCUGGAUUUUGUCACGGUACCUGGACAUGGCAUUCACGGAGGGCAGCGGCAUCAGGAAGCAGGACAUCAAACUCGUGUUCUCCUCCGUGGCUGGGAACGACGUGGGAAGGAGCCUGGCUUGGAAUUUCCUUAGGAGUGACUGGAGCAGGAUCGUGAACUAUUACGACACAUUCUCCAGCGCCGCGUCCCUGCUCACUUCUGCCACGGCGGAGUUCAACACACGCAUCGAGAAACAUGAGCUGGAGGCGUUCGUGGAGCAAAACGCGGAGGCCCUGCAGACAUCCAGUAGGGCUGUGAAGAUCGCUCUGGAGAACACCGAAGUGAACGUGGCGUGGAUGGACAAUUACUACCAGGUUAUCAAGGGCUGGCUGCAGGAGAAAGUCGCAAUGAAGGAGGUGGUGAGGGUGGUGGAGAUGAGGGAGAAGGCGAAGGAGGAGAUGAUGGUGUAGAAGAUGGAGAAGAGGUUAUGUGGUGAUGGAUGGUGGUGAUAAUGAUGAUGAUGGUGGUGGUAGGAAAGCAGAGACAUUGUUUUUAUUAGUGAGGGAGAAGACGAAGGAGAUGAUGGUGUGGGAGGAGCUGGAGAUGAUAAUGGUGAUGAUGGUGUUGGAAUUGGUGAUGAUAGUGAUGGAGUUAGGAAUGAAGAGAUAGAGAAAGAGAGGUUAUUUUUAUUAUUGAGAGAGAAUGCGAAGAUAGUGUAUAAGGAACUGAGAGAGAGAGAGAGAGAGAGAGAGAGAGAGAGAGAGAGAGAAUUAUUUUUAUUACUACAUUCUUUUUAUUCUCGUGUCUAUUGGAUCGAAAUAUGAAAAAUACCAAAAAAAAAAUAAAUAAAUAAGUUUUCUAUACUGAUGAACGAAAUAUAUUAAACGUUUUAUAAUUUC